AUGUCUCAACUGACGAAAGUUUUUGUUCGUAACUUUCAUUUUACACUUGCUAAUGCUCGUGGACCAUUAAAAUUUGACGGUUGGUUUCCUCGUGAUCACAAACCAGGUCCUUAUCCUAAAACUGAUGAAGAGAGACGUAUUGCAGCAAUGAAAUAUGGUUUAAGACCAGAAGAUUACAAACCAAUUUCUCCAUCAGAUGUAAUGGAUCAUUCUGGUGACUAUCCAGAUCUUGGUACAAUUACUUUUGCUCACAAAGAUCCAUAUGAAGCAUGGACAGAUAGAUUAAAUCGUAGAAAUUGGGGCGAAGCAGUUCCAAUGAAUUCAAUAAGAUACCGUGGAGAUAGAAUAACUUUUACUGGUCUCGAAGAAGAAGACUUUAAAACGUGGAAUGCUAUUUUGAUGACGCUGCGUGUUGUGCUUCCAAUGAUUUUACUAUCAUACUACUUUACUCAAGAUGACCCUAAUAUUCUUAGAUGGAAAAACCCUGCUAUGCCAAAACAAUAUCCUUAUGAUUUUUAUAGAGCUUUUCCAUUUGAGGAUCCUAAAAAUUAUCCAAUUGUUAAUUAUACAUUUGAGCCAGCUGAAUAG